UUUUCUACUCACCAUUCCCAACACUGAAUGUCUAAAAGGGAUCUCAGUCGUUUUUUACAAAGACGAUUUAUAAAUAUUUAGGAGUAGAUGAUUGGUAACAUCUUGAGUGAUAAAACAUGGCAUCCGCGACGGUGUCGCAAAAUGAUGUUUUGCACCAGUUUCCUGUUAAUAAAUUGAUUCGAGUCGGUUACUACGAAUUAGAAAAAACAAUCGGUAAAGGAAAUUUUGCUGUUGUUAAAAUGGCGACCCAUGUUGUAACAAAAUCUAAGGUUGCCAUAAAAAUAAUAGAUAAAACCAAAUUGAAUGAAGAAAAUUUAGCCAAAAUUUUUCGUGAAGUUCAUAUAAUGAAAAAGUUACGACAUCCUCAUAUUAUCCGACUCUAUCAAGUAAUGGAAACAGAAAAAAUGAUUUAUUUAGUCACAGAGUAUGCACCUGGUGGUGAAAUAUUUGAUCACUUGGUUCGAAAUGGUAGAAUGGUCGAACCAGAAGCAAGACGAGUGUUUCGUCAAAUAGUUUAUGCAGUGCGUUAUCUCCACCAGCAAAGAGUGGUUCAUCGAGAUCUAAAGGCUGAGAAUUUACUACUUGAUGCAGACAAUAAUAUAAAAUUAGCCGAUUUUGGAUUUAGUAAUGAAUAUACACCAGGUAUACCUUUAAGUACGUGGUGUGGGUCACCACCUUAUGCUGCACCAGAAAUAUUUGAAGGUAAACAUUAUGAUGGACCACGAGCAGAUAUUUGGAGCCUAGGAGUUGUUUUAUAUGUACUUGUUUGUGGAGCUUUGCCAUUUGAUGGACCUACUAUGCAGUUACUAAGAUCAGUGGUUAUAGCUGGAAAAUUUAGAAUACCAUUCUUCAUGUCUGCUGAUUGUGAAAAAUUAAUUAGGCACAUGUUGGUGGUUGAACCAGAACGGCGUUUAAGUAUCUCACAAAUUUUACUGCAUCCUUGGAUGUGUGGCGAUAAUGUAAAAGAAUCAAAAUCAGGAAGAUCUAGCCCUGAAAUUUCUCCGCCUCAAAUAAAUCAGAUAGUCAUUGAAAGUAUGCUGAGAUUGCCUGGUCUAAGUGCUGAUACCUUACUGCAAUCGGUACAAGGAAAUGCUUUCGAUCAUGUUUCUGCAAUAUACAAUUUAUUGGCAGAUCGAUUGGAAACUGCUAUAACGAGCUUACCUACCAUACAGAGCAUACCUGUAGAUUAUGCAGAUGAUGACGCGCAUCAAUUAGAAAAGUUUGGUGAAACAGAAGCAGAAGCUGAUGAAAGAAGCAACCUUCAGUUACCUGUGUGUGCGCCAGAUCAUGCUAUAAGAAGACAUACUGUCGGUCCAGGCGAUACAUCUUACCAACCACCUGCAUUAUAUUCUUUUAAUUGUCCAUCAGGUUUUCCCCCUUCACAACUCCUUCCUAUAUUGCAAUGCAAUAAUGUAUUACCCCACACGAAUCUCCCCCUCAAUCUUCCUCUAGUUCAAAACCAACCGCCUCAAAACUUUCAAAUAAAGGAUCAGCAUUUAUUGAAACCGCCUACUGUGAUGGGAGCCACCAGCAGUUUUGGAAGAAGGGCAUCAGAUGGGGGUGCUAACCUUCAUGUUUUUUUUCAACAGCAAUAUGGUUCCGGGAGUAGAGAGGAAAGGAGUCAUCCUGGAAGUAGAGAACAUUUGCAACCAUCGGGCAGUCCAACUAAUAUACAGUGUACUCAAUCGUUGAACGUUGGAAGUAGUGCUGAAAAUAAUGGAGCAAACAAUACGUCAGGGGGAAAUGACAGAAGGAGGCGCAGUGGUUUAACGGCAGUUAUGCAAAGGCCAGUUAUAAACCCGGAACUCGUAAUGGAAGUGGAAGCUAGGAUGAAUAGAGCUUAUCUUCCAUCAAGGUUGCUGCCGUCACAUCUUAGGACGUCAGCACAUCAUAGGAAAUCCUCUUUAUAUCCUAUCACUGGGUCUAGGGAUUCUUACAAAGAACCAACUGCACACGUAGCGUCUGAAAGAUACUCACCCGUCAGACGCGCUUCAGAAGGUUCAGGACCUCCUGGGCCAGGAAUUCAGGCACUUCAGCAAGAAUAUCAGCAACUACAAAGGCUAGCUUCUCCAUCUCAUAGUCCCGUUAGCAUUCCUGGUUCUCCUGUCCAUGAAAGAGGUGUUGCUGCAAUCACACAAGGGCUUAGUGGACUGACUACAACUUCAGUGCAAGGUAGUAUUGUUCAUGGUACUCCAACUCAACCACCAGCGACGCCUUUGGAUCUCAGUCCACUUCGACACCAUCGAUCUCCAGCAACUACUCCUGUCAGUUAUUCCCCGAGUAACAGUCCAGCUUUAGACAUGAUUCAAGAAGAACAUCCUGUGGAUUUUCCAAGGGUGCCACCACAAAUUUCGGUAACAGAUGUCUUGGGAGGACAAGUAGUUUUAGUGGGGUGCUCACCAUCACCUUCUCCAUCGCCUGAUUCUUUAGAAGACGUAUUACCAGAAUAUAAUCCUCUUCCUAGAUUUAUCAUAUCAGAGCUUUGUGAUCCUUCACUACCCAGCAUCACUCGAGGAAUUGGCAGGCCUCUUAGUUCUCCGAUCCCAACAGAAGUAGAAGUUACUUUAUCUGAUGAAUCUAGUAGAUUGAAUUCAGAAACAAUAUUAGGUCGAGUUAAACAAAUUAUAGAUGCUAGAGCGCCACCUAAAGGUUUCAUUUUUUCAAGGGAAGAAAUAGAAGGUGGAGGAUUCAGUUUAGAAUAUCCUGGCGGUGUACAAAUUGAAUUAAGGGUAUGUGAAUCGGAGGAGAGAGAAGUCAAAGGUAUAAAAAUGCGUAGAAUUAGCGGGGACCAAGUGCAAUACAGUCAGCUGUGUCAACAGUUGAUUUCUUGCAUUACUGUUUGACGACAACAAGAGCAACACCUUAAUUAUUAUUAUUAUUAUUAUUAUUAUUAUUAUUAUAUUUUAUUUUCUUACAUUCCUGGUGCCACACACCACAAAUUGUUUACAGUAUUGCACAGCAUGCUGCAUAUUUGAUGAGUAAUCUUCUUUUAUUUUAUACCGACAAACGCUUUUAAAAAUAUUAUUAACUAAUUGAUUUAGAAGAUAUAGUAUAUUAAAAUGUUAAUAAAAAAAGUUAACGGAGCACUUUAAAUUUUGAAAUAUUAUUAUAAACAAAUAGUCAUGUGAAAAAAUUAUACUGGACGUUGGCAUUAAGUGAUUUAGAAUGCUUUAUUAUUCAAAUGUCAUUUUGUAAUGGAAGAAAGAGCAAAAGAAAUGCGCUAAUCGAUUUUGAUUAGCGUGUUAUUCAAGCAAAGCGCUCCAAUUGUUUUGUUAUCGCAUAUGUAAUACGACAUAUUUUAGUUUAUUCGUUAAACAAAAUAAUUAUAUGAAAGAAUAUCAGGAAGUAAUACAUGUCUAUAAAUAGUGUUCGUAAUAUUUAAUAAUGCAAAAUGAUUGCAUAAAUGUAUUAGCAAAUUAGUAGAGUUCAUUCACUCACCAUUUUAAAUGUUGAAAAUUUUUAUUUCCAUAAGCUGCGAUAUUGAAAAGAGAUAUAUAUAUAUA